AUGUUCAGCUUGCCCUUUAGAAGAUCGAGAAGAAAGUCAGAACCUUCAGCAGCCCAAGAUGCUACUUCACUUGAGAGUAAUAACAAUAAUUCCUUAUCUAGGAUCAACUCUAUAACAAGCACAAUGAGUAAUAGAAGCUCUAAAAGGAAUAGACUUGGUAGAAGAAAAUCUCAUUCACAUAUUCUUUCCAAAAGGUUAUCAUUCUUCAAUAAUAAUUCAAGUGAUGAUUUGAAUUCCAUAGCUACAUCAAACAAUUCAGAUUAUGAAACGUUGGAGUUGACAAGAUUUAAAUCAUUAAAUUAUGAUAAAUUUAAUAGAGAGUUGUUACAAUAUUUAAAAUUCCACGGAUUAAGUGCACCAAGGAUACUUGAUGAUUCAGAUUUUAUAAGGAUUUCAAUGAGUUCUUCUGGUGAGAAUGUUUUCUUACCAAGUAUUGUUAAUUUUAAUGAAGAUGAUGUCGAGAACCUUGAUUUGAACAAUGAUAAUGGUAAUAAUGAAGCUGCUGGGAAUAACUCCAGAGGUGCUGCUGAUGAAGAUGCCAAUGGGGACAAUGGUCCAACUACAUUACAAGAGGAGACACCUAGACGUACACCACAUGAAGAAGACAUUGGCGAGCCAGUUAGUCAUACAUUUGCAAUAAUAAUCUCAUUAACCAAACCAACUUCAAUAUCCACGAUAACUACAAAAUUACAAUCCACUACAAAGAUUUUAUGGCCCGAGGGUAUUCCAGGUGAGCGUUCUACAAAAUCUCAAAGUUUUGAAAUGGGUCAAUUAUCAUGGGAUUUAAACCUGAGUAAUUAUAAUUAUUACAUUCCAUUCAAUGCAGAAUCUGAAGAAAGUGCGAUUGAUGAUGAAGGUAGUUAUAGUGAUUUAGACUCUUUUGAUACGGGGAAAUUCAUCACUGAGAAUCGUAUCCAUCCUAAAAAAUUUCAAGAAAGAUCAGUUGAUCAAAUCACAAGAGGUCCUUUAAACAGUUUUAAAAAAGAUAAUGAUCCUUUCAUAAUCGGGAACUUGAACAGUUCUGGCUCAGUUUAUUAUCCACCUGGUGAUUAUAUUUUCAGAUUACCUGUUUUGUUCCCACCUUUGAUUUCAGAAUCUUUGAUUACCCAAAAUUCGUCAGUGAAUUAUAGUUUACGUACUAUAGUGGCACAGAAAAACAAACUUUAUAAUCUUGGGGAACAUGGGUUUAAUGUUAUUAGAGCACCACCUUCAAAUGCCGUUUCCACAGCUGAUAAACCUGUUUAUGUUAAUAAAGUAUGGAAUGAUGCCCUAAGUUAUGAAAUAUCGUUUCCUAAAAAAUAUGUUACAAUUGGAGCAAAUAUUCCAAUAAAGAUGAAAUUUGCUCCUUUGAUUAAAGAUAUUUCUAUAAGAAGAAUUAGAGUUAAUGUAUUGGAAAAAGCUACAUAUUGUUCUAAGGAUUUAAAAUAUGAGUAUGAUGAGGCAACUUUAGUGAAGAAUGAAGGAAUGCGAAAGACAAGUGUUAAUGAAAAAGUUUUACCUUUGUUAGAAAUUCGUACAAGAUCAAGAACUGAGUUGGCUCUUAAGGAAGAGAUUGUUAGGGAUUUACUGAGAGAUGAUAAUCUACUCUCAAGUUGUUAUAAGGCAGAAGCUGCUACAAGAGAUGAUGUGGAAAUUAUUGGUCAGUUACAAAUUCAAUCAUAUUUACCAUUCAUUAAACCAAACAAGUAUAAUAAAGAAUUACAAACGAAAAAUCAUACAUUAAUGUCUACAAUUUUCAAUUCUGAUAAGCAUAAGGCUCAAAUUAAUAAAAAUUUAACAACAAAGAUUAUUAACCAAGGAUUUAAAGUUGAUACAUCAACUUAUUAUAAUGAUUUUGGUGAAGGUGUUUAUCCAGAUUCUGAAAAUAAUAAAUUCAUUCAAGUGAGUCAUAAAUUACAAAUUGCAAUCAGAUUAUCUAAGAAAGAUGAUACUGGUAAAUUACAUCAUUAUGAAGUUAUGAUUGAUACACCAAUUUUCUUCUUAAACAGUGCAUGUGUUCCUGCAAAUGUUGAACUUCCAGCAUAUAAUGAUGUGACACCAAGAUCAAAUUCAGAUAUCAAUGGUGAUGAUGCACCUCAGGCAUUUUAUGGAUAUCAUGAUCAAUUACCAACAUUUGAAGAAGCCAUAUCACCAAUGAAUUCACCAUCAUUAAUCCCAUAUCAAGGUUCUGGUGAGGAAACUAUAAAUGUAUUGUCAAGAACUUCUACAAUAGGAUCAGGACCCAUACAAUCAAUUAAUUGGAAUUAUGACAAUAUAGAUCAAGUUGUCACGGGGACAUCAGAAUUAACAAUGGAUAAUAAUAAUCAAACAACAAUACCAAGAAGACGUUCAGCUGCUGCUAAUGAUAUCAUCAACAAUUUGAAAAGAACAGGUACACGUAAUUCAAGUGUUUAUAAUAGUAAUAGAUCUACAGAAAGUGCAAAUGUGAUACCAGAUCGUGAAGAUGAGGUUGAGGAAGAGGAUGAUAUACCACCACCACCUAAAUAUACUGAAUCGGUCCCAUUAUUGAGUGAUAAUGCUUCAACUUCAUCAUCAGAUAUUGAAUCAUUGUCUAGUGUGGAUGAUCAUGAUGAUGAUUCCCUAAACCAGUUACAUAAUGAGAGUACGGACUUGACAGAUCAGUUUACUCGGUCAAUUUAUGAUCAAUGA